UGUGUGCUGGCUACCCUAGGUGGAAUUGCUGCUAUCACAUUCAUUAUGAAGGCACGUGGACGCAGCAAGGCAAAGGCAGCAGAAGCCGCUGCAGCCAAAAAAUAACAUGAAAACAACUUAGGAAAUUUUCAGUGUAAAUUAUUGGAAUUUUAUACAGAGACUGUUUGUGGUGAUGUUAGAUAAAGUGUUUUAUUUGGGAGUGCGUGCACUACAAUUUUAUUUCAUAUACAAGAAUAAUAGGACAUUGAAAUAGAUGCAUGACUUUGCAACAGGGAUUCUGACUUACAUAUGGAUUACAUAAACUGUCAUUCAUCUUUGGAACAAUAAUGAAUAUUUUCAAUUUAAUGUAGAAAACAUCAUUUUAGCAACUUGAUUCUGUUGUAUAAACCUCAGCUUGGAUGCCAUCUUUAACACCAACAGUAUACAUGAAUAUAAAUGUUAUACCAAAAUAUUUUAAAUAUCUUGUUCUUUCUAAUUCUAUAAGCAUGAUACUAACAGUGAAAUCAAUGUUUUUAACUGAUACAUUUGUAAAAAGCUUUUUGAUAUUGCUGUUUCAAAAGCAUGAUAUACCAAUUCCAUUUUAAUGUGAUAUACCAAUCCCAUUUCUACCAGGUAUGUGGUAUAUCAACCCCAUUUCUAUGUGAUAUACCACUUCCAUUUCUAUGUGAUAUACCAAUCCCAUUUCUAUGUGAUACAUCAACCCCAUUUCUAUGUGAAAUACCACUUCCAUUUCUAUGUGAUAUACCAAUCUCAUUUCAAUGUGAUAUACCACUUCCAUUUCUAUGUGAUAUACCAAUUCCAUUUCAAUGUGAUAUACCACUUCCAUUUCUAUGUGAUAUACCAACCCCAUUUCUAUGUGAUAUACCAGUACCAUUUCUAUGUGAAAUACCACUUCCUUUUCUAUGUGAUAUACCAAUCCCAUUUCUAUGUGAUAUACCACUUCCAUUUCAAUGUGAUAUACCACUUCCAUUUCUAUGUGAUAUACCAACUCCAUUUCUAUGUGAUAUACCAAUACCAUUUCUAUGUGAAAUACCACUUCCUUUUCUAUGUGAUAUACCAAUCCCAUUUCUAUGUGAUAUACCACUUCCAUUUCAAUGUGAUAUACCACUUCCAUUUAUAUGUGAUAUACCAUUCCCAUUUCUAUGUGAUAUACCACUUCCAUUUCUAUGUGAUAUACCAAUCCCAUUUCUAUGUGAUAUACCACUUCCAUUUCUAUGUGAUAUACCAAUCCCAUUUCUAUGUGAUAUACCACUUCUAUUUAUAUGUGAUACACCAAUCCCAUUUCUAUGUGAUAUACCACUUCCAUUUCUAUGUGAUAUACCAAUCCCAUUUGUAUGUGAUAUACCACUUCCAUUUCUAUGUGAUGUACCAAUCCAAUUUCUAUGUGACAUACCACUUCCAUUUUUAUGUGACAUACCAAUCCCAUUUCUAUGUGAUAUACCACUUCCAUUUCAAUGUGAUAUACCACUUCCAUUUAUAUGUGAUACACCAAUCCCAUUUCUAUAUGAUAUACCACUUCCAUUUCUAUGUGAUAUACCAAUCCCAUUUCUAUGUGAUAUACCACUUCCAUUUCUAUGUGAUAUGCCACUUCCAUUUCUAUUUUUUUUGAUAUAUCAAUCCAUCUGGUCUAGCCUAUACUACCAGAUGUUUAGAGAAAUGGACAAUAUCUCAUUUCCACAAUUGCAAAUGUCAUUGCUACUUCUUUAUUUCUUUAUGGAAAGCAUAUAAAUUAUGAUCUAUUUUAAACAAUGACACAACUGGCUGGUUUAAAUUAUCUUGCCUGACUUAAAGGAAGAAACAAAAAGGUCGAUCUGAAAAUGCAUUGAACUCCAAAAUUAAAAAUACUGUAGCGUUUUACAUCUUUAUAAAAUUGAUCAUUAGGUAAAGUUUACUUUAUUCAGAAUAUACUAGUACAUCUAAAAUGUUAUCCAUUAUUUCGAAUAUAACUGCCCCUGAUACGUUUUGAACCUGAUUGUGAAGUGUACACACCUCUGACGUGUGCAAUAAUCAUCGUAGAUAAAGAGUAAUUGCGUCAUCUCACAUUUAGCAAUAUUUUAAAUUACAUGCUGUUGACAUUUCUGUUUGUAUUGACUAUUGAAUAUUUUUUAUCAAUGGUAAAAUCAUUUUUAUUUUACAUUUAAAGAUGUCGCCCUGUUAAAGUAAACUGUGUAACGGAUUUUAUGCACCGACAUAUAAUAAUGGUAUUAUAUUUCUGUGUUUUUGUCACUAAUCAUAGUUUUAUGGCCUUUGCUUUUUUGUUGGCUUCCAGACGUUUGGCGUGUUAAGUGACGUUGACAACAGCGUAUCUAACAUUUGUAUGUACUUUUGUGAAAUAUGACAAGCAACGACCCUCUAUUUUUUUGAUGUCAUUCUCGAUGUUAAUGAGAAUCUUCUUGAUUGCAUAGUCAAGUGUACAUAAUAUUCGAUGCAAAUUUUGACUUUCUGAUUUUGAGUGAUUUUGCUUAAAAACAUACGUAGAUAUAAGAAACGUAAGGUACAGUGUAACACCGUGACAUACUCAAGAAAAUCCAGGAAAGGAUUGGUAUCGAUAUGGUGAACUGAAUUCAACAUUUUUUUUAUUUUAAACCAAUUAUUGAAAAUUAUUCAUAUAUAUGGUAUAAUUUCUAUAACUGUAAUUGUUAACAUUUUUUGUGUUUUAGUGCAAUUGUUUUUGUUCCUUUCUACCAAUUCUUGAGAAUGAAAUGAAACAUCUUUGGGACAAAAUGUUGUAACACAGGAAAAUUUGGUUUAUUUAACAAAAAGUAUUCAAAAAAUUAUAAAUCAAAAGCCUCAAAAAUGAAUUAAAUUAAAGUUGACCGUUUAUUUCAUUAACAAGAUACAUGUACUUUUUCAAUGAACCAUUGAGAGACCUAAACGUUGUGUAUAUGUCAUUUGUUCCAAUGAGGUUGAGCUAGAUGUUUAAUUUCAUUCCGAUCAUAUGAUACCAAGAACAAAAGAAGUGUCUGAUUUGUUUUCUAAAAUAAUAUAGAGAAAAGUAUUUAUAUUUUUAUCAAAUUAAAUUUUUACCAUUCAAAAGAUGAUCAUUAAAUUGACGAUGUGUAAAAUUCUCAGAAUUUAUUGAUGACUGGUUUAAUAGAAACAUGUGUUCAACUCAGUUCGCCAUAUCGAUAUCAUCCUUUCAGCAUAUUUUCAGCAAGUUAUUUCUAAAUCAGUGGUUGUAUUUUGUGCCUACCUGUAGAUGUUUCUUCGGAAUUUCGGCACAAUGAAAUGCUUCCGUUCACGAAUAAUGGUAUUUAAAAACAUUUUGUUACCCGUAACAUUUUAUUUUAAUAUAGUGCAUCCUACUUAAAUAAGGGUCAGGUUUGAAAGGGCGUUAAAGAUAAUGUACCUUUUUUAGUAAAAACAACUAAAAAGGAGUAUAUUGAUCAGGCUUGAUCGGAAC